GCGUAUGUUUGGUUGCCUGAACGUGCCUCAGGCAGGCAAGUUCUCUUCACCACGUCUGUUUUAUCAUAUGUAAAUAAAUAUUUGUGAUAACGACUGGUUUGUAAAUAAAGACGGCAAACUGCGGAUCCCCUAGUGAAAUACUGUGAAAAUUUCGAUCAAGUGUAAGAUGAGAGACGUAUGUUCAAAGUGGAAGUUUUAGAAAGUAUUAUGUAUGAUCAACAUGGCGUCGUACAAUAAGAAUUAUCUACUUUUAAAAUGAAUCCAAGCCAAUAUAAGUAAUGUUUACCGACAUAUCCGAGUGUAUUAAUUCAAAAAAUAAAGAGAUAUCUAGCUAGUGACAUAGAAAACUGCCCCCAGGAUGGCAGAUAACUUGAACCCAGCUCAAACUAUCGAGUAUCAAUGGGCCUACUCGAUAAUGGACUCGAGCAGAGUGUCCACUUUUUUGAUUUCUAUGUUACUCAUUGUUUAUGGUUCCUUCCGUUCCUUGAACAUGGAACAAGAGGCCAGGGACAGGGCGAAUGGCAGUACGAAUUGCCUCCUGAAUCCCUCGCAAACCCUACAGACUGAAAACAACGUUCAAACCCUAGAUACAAUGCAAGCCUUGUGUCUCCCCUUAGGAGCCAGCGUCUCCCUACUUGUUAUGUUUUUUUUCUUCGAUUCCAUGCAGAUGCUCUUUGCGAUUUGUACCGCUAUUAUAGCUACGGUAGCUUUGGCUUUUCUGCUUCUACCAAUGUGUCAAUACAUCAUAAGGCCUUGUUCCAACAACACCAAGUUUUCCUUUGGAAUGUGCGGACGGUUUACAUCAGCCGAACUCUUAUCUUUCAGUUUAUCCCUAUUUAUAGUUUGCAUUUGGAUACUGACAGGUCAUUGGUUGUUGAUGGAUGCGAUGGGUAUGGGGCUUUGUGUAGCCUUUAUAGCUUUCGUCCGACUGCCGAGUCUGAAGGUUUCGACUCUGUUGCUAACUGGUCUUCUGAUCUAUGACGUUUUUUGGGUGUUUUUUUCAUCCUAUAUUUUUAGCACUAACGUGAUGGUCAAGGUAGCUACAAGACCUGCGGAAAACCCAGUGGGCUUAGUAGCCCGUAAGUUCCAUCUGAACGGGAUGGUUAGGGAAGCCCCCAAAUUGAGCUUGCCAGGAAAACUGGUUUUCCCAAGCAUGCACAACGCGGGUCACUUCAGUAUGUUGGGUCUUGGGGAUAUAGUGAUGCCGGGUCUCCUGUUGUGUUUCGUGCUGCGUUACGAUGCCUACAAGAAGGCACAAGGUCUGGCUGGUUCCCGGUUAACCUAUUUCCACUGUUCGUUACUAGGGUACUUCUUAGGAUUAUUGACAGCGACUGUCAGUUCUGAAGUCUUCAAGGCUGCUCAGCCUGCUUUACUUUAUUUGGUACCGUUUACGUUGCUACCUUUGCUGACCAUGGCUUAUUUGAAGGGGGACCUGAGACGAAUGUGGUCUGAACCGUUCAAAAGUUUAACAUCAUCGAAGCACUUUCCAGACGUGUGAUAGUUUCUGAGGAUGUAAUUAUUUGUUAACGACAUCGGUGAGCGAGGAACCAGAGGUAUUAAAAGCGUUGAUUCUUACGGAACUUAAUAUGGAUUGACAAUAGGGGGAAUGCACGAAUUUUCCAAUCUGUCUUUUGGUAUCGGGGGAUAUACACCAUCAAUUUAAGCCAAAGAAACGAUAUUACUGAUGUGACGGACCUUGAACCCAAUGCUCUUUCAGGUUAAGAACAAAUUUUCGCUAACGGAUCGCGUUUCAUUUAUUUUAAUUUUUUUUUAGUAUUACUAACAAUCGUUGAUUUUAGUUUACCAAGAAGUGGUGAAGUGAGGGAUGCUUUUUUCUGAUUGUCAAUUGACACUUUCUUAAUGUCAGCUGUCUAAAAUUUUUAGGUUAGAGAGUGUUGGUUGAUUUUUGCGGUAUAGUUUUGGCAAUUCGAGAAUUCUCUUUACAAUUCUGUCCUAUUGAACAAAUAAUCUUUCACAAAGUGACUAAAUUAAUAGUGACGUUUUAAAAUAGUUCUAUUGACAGACGUGUUUCAGAGUUAUUUUAUAGAUUUUCUGUGAUAAAAAUAAGUGAAAACUUAAAUUUCUUUUGUAUAGGUAACAAAUAUUCUCCAAUUGUUUGAUUUUAAUCCAAUGCACCGCUCUCGAUUAGAAAUAUUGUUUUCUAUUUGAAAGAUGUAUCUACGACCCCACAUAUUCUCAAUUCGUGCUUUGGAUUAACUUGGAAUGUUUACAUUUUUUUUUUUUUUAGCUACUCUGCCUUUUAUAUGAAACUUUUCAUUUUUGAAAAAGUUUUUGUAAGUUUGUUACUUGUUUUUUUUAUAUUCUUGUAAUAAUGAAAUAAAGUAUCUUUAACAA